AUGACGCCGAGUGUCCGCUCGUCGGGCUCUCUGCUCCUGAUCGGACUGUUGGUGCCUUGGCUCAUAUCGGCUUCCAAUGCCGCGGAGGAACAAGUCUUCGAUGUCCGUCGGCAUCUCUCCACCGUUACUGGGUGGGUGUCUCUCUUGCUUUCUGCCUUGCUCAGCGGGGAUUCAGACAUCACUGCCUGCGAUUUAGUUGGCUGUAGUUUGAUCAUAAUGAAGCCACGCCGGGUAUAUGCUCCAUUCAUCAAAGAGAAUGGCGGGAAGCAGAUUUACUGUUUUCCUAUGUUCGUUAAUAAUUCAUGGGUAUCGUUGCAUCUCUUUAACACGAGAGGAAGAAAACUAUCUCACGAGGGGAUCAUGGCUCCAAUUCAAGAUUUAAGGGUGGUUAACAUUCUUUUUUUUUUUAAUUGGCCGUUCAACCGUAUCAUCUUUAUCGAUGAUUCCUCAUACUUGUGACCCAUCAGUAGAAUCUAGGCUUUCCUCCUGCAGUGGUUUCCGGGAAGAAACUAAAAGUUGUCUUGUACUCCGCCAAGUUGGUUCUAGUUUCAUGUUCGGGUUGUCUGAUUUAUUGAUUUAAUCUUUCGUUCAUGUAGAUAUUCUGCUGCAAGAAACGUUUACGAUGGGACGUUUGUGAAUUCUUCAGUUCCUGAUGGUUGUAGUGCAGUUCACUUAAAUCUUGUGGUACGUUUCAUAUUAAAUACUCAGUUGCUUUAUUAUUGUAGCCGACUUCCGAAAGUCAUUCUAUCAUGAAAUUAAGUAUUUACCAUUGGAAGAUGAAUAUUCAGUGAUCACCUGGUUGGUGCUCAUCAAUUAUCUCCUGUUGCUUUAAUGACACAUGGUAGAAUUUUUUCCCAAGAAAUAAUGUCUUUUUUUAUACUGGAAAUCCUUUAUUUUCUUAAUUUCCUGUGUCCUCCAAUAGAAUGAAUAAAAUUAGCGUAUUUAUUAAAAAAAUAUGCCAAUUAUUCGGUCCCAUCACAGCUGCAUGCAUAGAUUGACCGAGCGAGAAUUUUUUUUCCGUAUGGCAUAUAUUUCUUGUAGUUGAAUCAUCAACUAAACCCUCUUUUCUAAGUUGAUAUGUAUUACUAGAAAAAUAUCUAACCGUUUCAUAGUUUUUCCAAAAUGCAAAAGUUAAUAAUUACUGGUCGUGCCUAUUGGAGUAAGGAUGUUCAGGAAUAAGUUUAUGAUUGGCUGAAGUAAAAACCACUCCAGUCUCAGGAGAGAACACAUGGUACUUUCAGACCACGUGCAGAGCCGGGGCUAGGCCUUUGGUACCCUACUAGCAUCUUUCUCUAAGACUAAACUUGUUUAUCAUGAGCAGGCCACACUAAAUGAAUACGUUGUGUGAUGGCUAUCUCCCAAAACACUGUGCUAUGUACUGUAUUGGAGCAGACUGAAGGCAACAGAUGCUUGGCUGAGUAUGUGUAAGCUGUGCAAGAUAUCUAUCGAUGUGAGGCCUCAGGGCAGGCUCCUUUUAUUGGUUUACUGUUCAGAAAGAUCGAUUUUCGUAUCACUCAAUCUCUAAGCUGAUGGGUUCAGCAGCAAUGAAGUUAUUUUCACCCCACCAUUCUUGUUUCCUUCUUUUAAAUUUGAGGUUAUAUGCUGUGUGCUCUCUUUUCAGUGACUGAUGCAUAAACAUAAUAUCUGGAGCAUGUUUUACUGUUUCAAUUGCUUCUGAUUGAGGAGCGGGACUAUUGAAUUCUGAUAAUUUGGAACUACAGGCAAGGCAUGGGGCCCGUUCUCCUACAAAGAAACGUAUUAAAGAAUUGGAUCGAUUGGCAAUUCGUUUGGAUAGUCUUCUAAAAGAUACUAAAAGAAUUACAGGAGAAAACGGAUUGGGCUUGCAGAAGAUACCAUCCUGGUUAUGGGAUUGGCAAUCUCCUUGGAAGGGAAGGGAGAAAGGAGGAGAGCUCAUCCAGCGAGGAGAGAAUGAGUUAUACAACCUCGGAAUCAGGAUCAGGGAAAGAUAUCCUGAUUUGUUUGAUGAGGAGUACCACCCUGACACUUUUAAUAUACGAGCAACACAGGUAUACUCCAUUCCUACGAGUCUUCUCUUAGUUCAUCUACCCUAUAAAAAAUGAUGUCCAUAUAUUGACUUUCAUCUUAGUUUCGAAAGCAUGGCAAUCACGUUUGGCGAACGUCAUUAGGAAUUUUCUCAAAACAAGUGUGACCUUGUGAUCGAGUAUAUGGAUCGAUAAAUGACAGAAUAUAACCUUGUGGCAGGGUCUGCUGUGGCUAGAAAAAAAUGCAUCAAGAAAGGAACUCCAUCGUAUUGGUUUCAUUGUCUUCUUUUAAUCAAGGAAUAAAGUAGUGACACCUUCCACAACGAUGAUUGAUAGCCGUUGAAUGCUUGCAUAGAACAGAAAAUCCUGAAAUAAACAGACUUUCGGCCACUAUGAUGGAUUUCUUUGGUCUCUUCUGCUAAUCAAGGUAUAUUAUGAUCAUAAUUAACAAGUUGCUUAAGUGCAGCUAACUCGACAGCACCAUUGGUUGGCAUAGGUAAUGGAAAGCCUUACUGAUUUUUGGAAAGUUGGUACCUUUGAAGAGUUUGGCUUGGGCUAAACUUAGGUCUCUAGUCCCCCAUUUCCUGUGCACUCAAUAUUUCAGUGUUUAAACAGUCUAACCCCCCUUCUCCCACCACCAUCCUUCCUCCAUUUCUCCUGGUUCCAUGCUGUCUUACACCGCAGACUUCUCGCCGGCCACUCAUUUCUGACGUUCGCUUACUAUUUGUCACUCAUAGUUUCGUUGGCAAUCUUUAGUCUUUCACUGUAGGUUUGACCUCUCUCCAGCCUUCCCUUCACUGUCUCUCGUCUGAUGCGCCCAUACCCUCACACCCCCAUCACUGGUGCUAAUAGUUGAUACCACACAUUCUAGAGAUGUUCUUUUCUUUCUCUUGAUUUUCUAAUAAACUGCAGUACCAUCAAAUUAAGGCAACGAGUCUACAGGUUCAUAUUGACUUUCAGAAUUUACGUUGAUUACCAUUAACCAAUUCAAUCUAUAUUUCAGCCACUUUCAGAAUAUAUGAUUUAAAAAUAAAUAAAUAUACACAUAUACUUUAUCAUUGUUUUAAGUUCUUUCGUAGUUUGUUUCCUUAUGACCAAGUAUUUUAUAUUUUCUUGGUUCAUAAGAAUUGAUCCAAUAGUUCUGGAUAUGAUGCUUGUGUGACUUGCAUCUGUUCUUUAAUAAUGCAGGUUCCUCGAGCAUCUGCAAGUGCUGUAGCAUUUGGCAUGGGGUUGUUUUCUGGGAAAGGAAAUCUUGGUCCAGGGUCUCAUCGUGCCUUUUCUGUGAUCAGUGAAAGUCGAGCAAGUGACAUAUGGUUGAGAUUUUAUGAAUCUUGUGAAACAUACAAGGUAAGGAUAGUAUUUUAAAGAAUGUAUUUUAUUAUUUUUAUGCAGACCCUUGGGGCUCGUCAGAUCUUCACUUGAUAUAUAAAUGAGUUGCCCGCUAAUUUGAAAAGAGGAAGAAGAACUGUAUGGGAGGAGUGCUAUCCAAUUUGUCUAUCUAAAUGCUUAGAAUAUUGCUACAGUUUUUUUGAAAUAAGUGUUAGCAUUCAGCAUAUGUGAAUAAGAGCUAUAGUGUUAGUAAAUAAGUGCUACAGAAUUUUAUUCAACGAUUCAAUUAUCAUUAGACCAGAAUUAGCUCAUCUGAUUUUUCUUCUGCAACUCUCUGUCACUUUCCUAAUUUUCUUAAUUCAAAUUCAUGGAUUUUUAUGUUCAAUGAAAAUUGAAACAAUGGGAUGACGUUUAGAGUAAGUGUUCCAAUUGAGUCCUGGAAAUUCCAUAAUGAGCUAAUUUUUGGCAACCUUAAUCUGCAAGUAAAUUAUAUCAUGGAUAUGAAGUUGAAUAUUGUUAAGAUAUCCUUCUACGAAAUGUCAGGAGUUAUGGCAAUGGAGUCAGAGUUAUCAAUUCAAUCAUUAUUGAAAUGUCAAAAUUCAUAAAAUGGCAUCGGAGGACACUUUUAGUGUCUAAAAUAUAUGGACAUAAGGACUACUGUUGAGUAUCAGUCGUUUGUUGGAUUCUGAAUUCCUGGAUACUAUAUGGUUGUAGUGAGCGGACUAUGUAUCUUGAUGCCCACAUGGGACUAAGCCCCAGAAUUUCCAGUCUCACGUGUGUUAGGUGACCACUUUUUCUAGUCUUAUGCGAAUAAUGGCUAGACUUCAAAUCUAAGAGUAGUCAUUUGUUAUUCAGGCUACUCGUGCUACAAAAAAUGUUUCUGUGGAGUCCCCAGUCUUUUGGGAAAAAGCAUCCCUUUAGUAUUUGUGCGGUGUUAGAAGUUCUUGCUGAAGGAAAUUAUUUGACCAAGGUGGUCCUAUAUGAAAGCUUUUGGACCUUAUGAAUUCAAUAGUUUUCCCCUGGUUUUUGGGAAUAUAAAGUGUUGGGGCGAGCAUCUUGUUUAUUGAAGCACCUGCAAAAUGAGGAUUGAGUAAUGUUACCCCCAACUCUAGUUUUUCCAUCAAGAAACGGCGAUACAUAUGUGGAAAAUGAGGAUUGAACAACUCUAGUUUUUUACAUACGUUAUCUUUUAGGUUUUUAUUAAGGUAUUUGUAGCAAAUACCUGGCACAGUUGUUUUUUCUUUUCAUAUAUAUUUUCAUUGUUCAGGAAUAUAGGAAAAGUCAGGAGCCGGCUGUGGAUAAACUUAAAGAGCCAAUUUUAAAUGAAAUCACAUCUUCAUUAACCAGUCGUUACCAGUUGAAUUUUACGGUGCAGGAUAUUGCUUCCCUGUGGUUUCUCUGCAAGCAGGUAAAAGUCCAGUCACCUAUGUCUUGUUUGGGAACGCCCUUUCUAAAUUUGGCAUAUUUGAUUUUUGACCACUUAUCUCAUGCAGGAAGCUUCUUUGCUGGACAUCACUGAUCAAGCCUGUGGUCUUUUCAAUUCUAAUCAGGUACUUGCUGUAAUGACCCUAUUAUGAUUCAAUUUUAUAGUUGUCUUAUUUUGUACUUAAUUAUCUGGUUAUGCUCCCCUGAGAAAAUACAAACAAUUAAGCCUAUGGGAUGGGAAAUUGCAGCGCAGGGAGGAUAACCAGAUACCGUUUUGGUAGAUUGAACAAGAAAUCUAUUGAUCAAUUUAUUUGAAAGAGCCAUAUAUCCUACUAUGAAUUUUGGUUCUGUUUGGAAGAUCGCUUGCUAGAUACAUGGAAUGCAUGCUAUUUAGAAAGAAAAAAAUACUAAAUCUUGUGUAACCAACGGAUAAUAACCUUAAUCUUGCUUACAACUAUUUCUGCCCUCUUAAAUGGUCGCUUUCUUCAGCUUGUGUCUAAUUCAACCAAAAAACAUUCGAGAUAUUAUUUCUUUUUAGCUCAUUGACGUUUUUCUUUGUAACUUGGUUUUCGAUUUGAUCUUGUGUGGUCCUACUACUACUUUUCCUCAGUAUUUACAAAUCGGACAUUGUCAGAGCUCCUGUAUUUUAGUUUAGUCCAUCCUAACAAUUUGACAAUUGAUUUGAUUUUUAGUGGUUCUAAUAAUGUUUCACCUCAGUAUCAUCGCCACAUAUACUUUAUUUACAGUGUGACUUGCAUGGAGUUUGAUUUAUCAUAGCUGUCUCUAUUGAUACAUAUUUUUCUAUCAUUGUGGAAGUGUUUCCUUUUGUCCUUUUGCCAAGUAUCUUCACCAAAUAGUAAUGUACCUCGUAAAACAUCAAUGCAUACUAUUAAAUCACAACAACUUGUCCUCGCAGAAGAGUACACAAAUUAUAGUUCCUUGUCAUUUUCAUGUCAAAUAUAUCUCAAUUUUACCACGAUGCUAUUUCUUUUUGUAUUGACGUCAUGAUGGCGUAGUUUGCAUUUGCAGUAAAAUCAUAGCGGACACAAUAUUUAUACAAAGAAUGGGGCACUCAUAGAGUUCCGGCCUUGUACUAUAGCUUCAGCAUGCUUUCAAAUCAGGAAUUUAAUUAUUUCAGUUAGUACAAACAGGGAACUUUUUUCUGUUUGUAUUAAACGGAAGGUGAUAAAUGUGAGAUUGUGGUUUUCGUAGCUCUUUCUUUUUUAUUAGAUGAAAAAAAUCAAUAUAUUCUGUAAUUGCUGCCCUACAAGCUGUGAUAUGGUUUUUCUAGGUGUCCUUACUUGAAUGGACAGACGAUUUGGAGGUCUUUGUUCUCAAGGGCUAUGGCGAAGCAGUAAAUUAUCGUAUGGGCAUACCAUUGCUUCGAGAUGUUGUGCAAUCAAUGGAGCAGGCCAUUCUUGCUAAAGAAGGUUUGAUAUUUUUUUGGUUGUUAUCCUCAACUUCAACUUCUGUGUAUACCUCUCUCAAUAUCCUUCUUAGGACUUAAGACUCUGGGGUCUUGAACAAUGCUAAGGUUCCUAUUCUUUUUUUAUUUAAUAUACGUCUGGGCCAAACUGCAGAAAUUCUAUCUGACUGCUUUAUUUUCUGUAAAACCUUUAUGAUUGCAACUUGGUAGCUUAUGGCAAUGAAGCUGCUUCAUUUUAUCCGGUAAUGACUAGAUCGCUCAUACAGAGAUUGUUGAGUCAAUCCUGGGCCAGCCAUAAUUGUACUAGUCAAUUCAAUCAUAAUUUUGAUAACUAGGUGAAGCUUUUCAAAAACUCGUAUGGGAGGCAGGUGGGUUGUCCAGAUAGUUCUGCCUUAGUCUUAAGUCAUUGUCGAUGUGUGAACUUACAGCUCGUGUGAUUUUUUGUCUUUUAAUGAUGACAUUCUUCUUAUUUGAUUGCAAGAUCAUUUUCUUCACUCUUGUCUUUGCUGCUGAAGUUUACAUUUAUGUAUUGAUGAACGAAGCUGUUUUUUUAAGUCUAGGAAGUUUUAGGCUUUUCUUUCUAUAGCAAAUAAUUUUCCCACAGCUAUUGGUAAUUCAUGAUUCUUUUUGGAUGCUUCAGAGAAUCGUAAGACUUAUGAGAAGGCAAAACUUCGUUUUGCUCAUGCAGAGACUGUAGUGCCUUUCAGCUGCCUUCUUGGACUCUUCCUCGAAGGAUCUGGUGAGUUCUUUCUGUAGACCGCGUGGGAUAUGAAUACCUUCCUGUUUAAAUUAACGUCUCAUCAACUGCAAUUUUCAAAAUUUUAGAAUUUGAGCAAAUACAACGGGAAGAACCACUGGCUCUACCUCCAAAGCCUCCCCAGAAAAGAAACUGGAUGGGCAGCAAUGUAGCUCCUUUUUCUGGGAACAAUAUGUUAGUUUUGUAUAGCUGUCCCAGUGCUAAGAAUAAUGGCAAUUCACGAGUUGAAACCCAAGGAAACGAUUAUUUUGUGCAUGUUCUGCAUAAUGAAGUUCCCAUUUCGAUGCCUGUAAGUUUAUCUUGAACUUCACUUUGUUUCCUUUUUUACAUUUUUUUAAAUUUAAAUUCUGAAUUCCCUAACUACGUUCCUGACGACUUACAUUAAAUCCAGACUACAUGAGUCAUUUUCCUCGAACGUUUUGUUUUCUGUUGAAAUCAGCGCACGGAAAAAAUGCCACAUAUUUUGCCAAUUGGGCGCAGUGUGUCAAUAUUGGAGGUGAAAAUGAAUUGGGUCGGGUUGAGUUGACAUUGGGGUUAUCAGGGUAAUAUGCCCGUCCUUAUCCUGGCUGGAGCCAACUUAGGAUCAUUAUUGUCUGACACAUCUGCCACUAGUCAGGGGUGGUACAGGUGAAUCAAGAUGCAACCGGGUUCAAUGAAUGGAUUAUAUUCAAGAAACUAUGCAGAUUCCAAUAUGAACUAAAUAUACGGUGUGUUGAGUCAUAUUCUUGUCAAAUUGUUUUGCCACUAUUCAAAGAUGAACGUUGGGCAUCUAAUUUGCAAUGUUGUCCUGUCAUUUUUGGUUCAUAGUUAUGUUGAAAAUCGCCAUUUUUAGUCAAGAAAGAUGGGCUAUAUAAAUUGGGCGUUGUUUCUUCAGGUGGCUGGUGUGAGAAUUAGGAGUAAGGUCAUUAAAAUCGAGGCCUGCCAGCUAAGCACUUGAUGUUUUAUUAAACCUAGAUUUGUCCUCGAGGAGUUGGUCAAUAUUUUACUAGCAAACUUUCAGGCUAGUUUGCCAGCAAAGGGGGUGCAUGAUGAUAGAUAUACUAUUAAAUGAUUAGACAUCCAAAUCUCGUUAAGACUGGAUAUAUCUUCAUCUCUGAGCGUAUUGCUGAGGUCAUGGAUUUGAGAAUAUCCAUAACUCAGACAUAGCAUUCUAGUCGUUUGGUGUCUUGAGAAUUUGACGUUUUAAAGGUCACGAACCUGUUGUAUGUAGCAUAUGCUAUGAGUUCUCUAUCAUAUCCUAAUGCAAGCAAGCUAUGGCUAUCCUUUUCUUUACCCCCCCAAAAUUUUGCAGUCCUGAGAGAGAAUUCUCUCAUAGUCACAUUAUCUAGGGGGGGAGUUUUGUUGAUGAAGUAAAAUAUUGGUACUUAGCUCCAAAAUACUCUUGCAUAAGACGGGGCCUCAUGUGUAGUAACAGGAAGGCAGAAAGAAAUAUUAAGUACAGCGGAGAUCCAAUAAUCCAUUUUUGGGUAGAAUUAUUAAUCGGAAGUUUCUAACCUCUAAAAGGUGUGUAUUUUCUUCUCCAACAAUUUCUAAUCCACCUAAAUAAUUCUUUUAGUUUAUAUUGAUGUUAAUACACAAGCAUCAGAGAGGGAAAAUGACUCAAACUAAAGGUAUUCACUAAGAAUUUGAGGUUUAUAUUGAUGUUAGAUCAUAUGGCUACUAAAAGUAUUUGAGGUUUCUCAAGUAUUGUGCCUUUGAACGCCCUUCAAGAUUCUCUCAGAUAUACUUGACCAUUUUUUCUCGAGAAAUCUCCUUAUUUUGUAGCCAUUAGCUUACAGCCCAUAUCGAUUUUGCAUCAUAUUCGCAUGGAAAGUAAGCUUAAAGCCUAACUCAAUUUAUAUUUUAUUUAAUAAAUUUUGAGAAGAAGAGGGAUGAUGCAAGGCUUAAAAUGAAUAAUCCACUAUGAUAACUAGAAACAAACCUCCAUUGAAAGGGUAUCAAUAUCUAUCCUUUUUAAAUUAAUAUGAUCGAAACUAAUUUUCUAUGGGGACUCAUGGCGUUCAAGAUUAGGGCUGCGAUUUAUUUCUUUUGUUCUUCGGGUUUGGAUUCAUGACUGUGCUUUUUCAUUGAGUAUAAUAUAUUUUUAGGGACUCUUUAGGAUUUUCCUCAGUUGGACCACUGAACUGUUUUCAUGAGAGUUCCCUUUUCAUAUCCCAAAAAAUUGAAGGAAUGUUCAUGAAGAUUUACGGCCACAUGAUUUCAUACUUCUCGUUAAAUGUUUCUUAUAAAUAUAGUCUCCUCCGUCACCUAUUCUCCAUUCUCAUCUACCUUUGGCAAACUGAAGACUCAUCCACAACAUAAGAGCCCUUUCUUUAUCCUCUCUCCAGAUCUCUUUUCACUUCUUACAAACCCUCCCCAUUUUGUAUAUUUCUUCAGAAAAUUCCUGCAUUCUUGUACAUUAUUUCCAUCAUUUCAUCAUAACCUUUCUGCAUCUGUCUCAUCAUCGUUCAAGUGUCAAUUCUCUGUCUACUUAUCCAUCUCCUCUUUCUCGUAUUUCUGCUUUUUUCCCAAGAAGAGUGGGAAGCUCAACUACCAUUACCAUGGUGGAUGAUAGUUGGUGAUUGCCUUUGAGGCAUGGGUCAGCAUAGAUAUCAGAGAUUUGAAGAUGGGUCUUGGUUGUGGCGUUUCACCUUUGCAUGAAUAUGGUAGCUAUAUAUAAUAAAUACGCCACCUCUAACAAAAUUGCCCAAAUGGCACAGUCCUUUUCUCCUACCUGAUAUGGUUAUAAUCGUCAUUUCUAAUCCAUUUUAUUAUGUUUCGUCUCAAAAUUGAUGCUGCUUUUCAUUCUUCAUCAAAUAAUCUAUUAGUGGGAUGUGGGAGAUUCCUGAAAUACCCCAUUUAAGAUGUCUUAAAUUAUUGUUUUAUUUUUUUUUGGAGCGUUGGGGGAAGUCAGGAGAGCAUAUCAUCCUUUGUGAGAUAACGGUGAACCCUAGGAUCCAAAAAUUCUUUGAUAGCAAAAGGUUCUGAUUGCCCCAUAAAUGUAGCUCUGGGGUGUCCCAGAAUUCUGCCGACGAGUCUUCUCCUUCACUGAAGCUCAUAGUUUGAUGGGCCAAUCCCACACACCAGUAAACAGGACAAGCAGUCCAAAUCCUGCCUAUUUGAUGAAUCUUUACAUGGGUUUUAAUCUUUACUGAGUGGUUAAUCUUUACAUGGGUUUUAAUUCGUCUUUUUCCACAUCUUUUUCAGAUAUCGGAUUGAUGCUCUUCUCCGUAAAGUUUUAUCAUAGCUAUUAUAUAGCCCAUGCAUGAGACUCUUGUAUUCUGCUUUUUCUUUCUUAUUUUUUUAUUUUUAAUUUGAAUUUUACAGAUUAAUGAUUCUUGCAUGGCUAAGUUCUAAUCUUUCAAACAAGCCUGAUGCGCUACCUUUUCUGGAUAGGGUUGUGGCAGCACGUCCUUUUGUCCUUUUGAGGUCUUCAAGGUACUAACACCCCGUGUUUUUUUUCCCUGAUUUAGUAAUUACUUCCUAAUUAUUCUCUGCAGUUACAUUCAUAUUUACCUUUUUUAGGAAAAAAUUGUGAACCCUCAUCUGAAGCAUGAGUUCGAAUCAAUCUGCAACACCAGGCCAGAAUCCCCUGCACCCAAGUCAGGAUCAAAGCCCCUGACAUUUACUCGAAAGCUGUCGAUGUUCUUCCGCUGGCUGUUCUUUCUCGAGGAUUCCCGCAUCUAUGGCCACAAUCACGAGGAACUAUGA